UACGUCAGCCCUGCCAGCGUGGAAUACAGAGCGCAAGUCCAGGAAGUAAACUGACAGUUGUGCGAAGGAAAUAGAUAUCUAAUAUAACGACGCGUGAAAAUCGUAUAUAUUCAUAUUCCUCUCUCAGUCACCUGGCCUGUUCACAGGGGAUAGGUGGCGUAGCCCUGCUUCAAGAUUUUUUUCGAAACGGAGUCAUCAGCAUCAGAAGAUGAUGGUGGACCCUACGCUCGCUGAAAUGGGAAAGAAUCUCAACGAGGCCGUGAAGAUUCUGGAGGAUGGCCGAAGGUGGUCAGAGCCAGGCAAAGAGAGAAGAUGGUUCAACAGGAGCAGUAUUCCUGGACCCUUACAGGGAGAUGGCCAGGAUGUUGCCAGUAUACUCCAGCUGGUGCAGAAUCUCCUGCAUGAAGACGAGGAGGAGGAGAAUGACAGACCAAGCCACCGCAAGAUGCAGAACUUCGGGGAGCAGGGUCACAUGGCGUUGCUAGGACACAGCCUGGCGGCUUACAUGUCUGUGCUGGACAGGGAGAGACACAGGAAGCUGACCACACGCAUACUGUCGGACACUACCCUCUGGCUCUGCCGCCUGUUCAGGUAUGAGAAUGGCUCAGCGUACUUCCACGAGGAUGACAGAGAAGGGCUUCUGAAAGUGUGUCGUCUGGUCAUAAACGCACGCUACGAAGACUACUCCACAGAGGGCUACUCAGCUCUCACCUCCAGACAGCCUGUCAUCUACCUGAGCACCUCCUGUAGGCCAGGCCUGGGUCAGCAUCUCUGUAGCCAGCUGGGACUGCCGCUCUCCAGCCUCUGUACUGUCCCAUGUAACACCAUGUUUGGCUCUCAACACCAGCUGGACGUUGCCUUGCUGGACAGGCUGAUCAAAGAGGAUGUGGACACAGGGAAGCUUCCUCUGCUGCUGAUUGCCAAUGCAGGGACCCCUGGGGCAGGUCACACAGACAAGCUGGGCCGUCUGAAAGAUCUGUGUGACCAGUACAGCAUGUGGCUCCAUGUAGAGGGGGUCAACUUGGCAACCCUGGCUCUGGGCCAGGCCACAUCAGCUGUAAUGGCGGCAACCAGGAGUGACAGCAUGACACUGACCCUGGGCCCGUGGCUGGGUCUUCCUGCUGUGCCCGCUGUCACCCUCUACAGACAUGAAGACCCAGCUCUGUCCCUGGCAGCGGGGCUGACGUCCAGUCAGCCUGUGGAGAGGCUGCAGGCUCUGCCCCUCUGGCUCUCCCUGCAGUACCUGGGGCAUGAUGGGAUAGUGGAGAGGAUCCGUCACGCCACUGCACUCAGCCAGCUGCUCCUGACGAGACUGAAGACCCUUGCUUCCAUCAAGACAUCGGAUGUGCUUGACACUGAGAUCUCUCUCCUCGAGGCUCUCACCAUGGUGGAGGAUGAGCUGAACUCACCUGUUGUGGUGUUCAGGUUCGCUCAGGAGACCAGUGCAGCAUCCAGUGGGGGGUCUCUGGAGGGCUAUUUCCCAGGGGAACAGGAAGUGCUGGAUACCCUCAACCGAUGGCUGGGUGAGAGGCUGGCCAAGCUGGUGCCUGCCAGUGGAGUGGAUGUGGUGGAGCUGGAAGACGAGGGUAUCUGUGUUCGAUUCACUCCUCUCAUGACUGCUGCAGCCCUGGGGACCCAGUGUGUGGACGUGGAGGCCCUUGUGGAGAGGCUGGCCGAGACAGUUCCUGUGCUGAGCAGCACCCUGUGUCUUAGACAAGACUUCAGAGAAGAGGUCAACCGCCAUCCCUCUCUCUCCUACAUAGACAACCUCAGCUGGCCCGGACUAGGGGCUGUGAGGUACGAACCCAGGAGUGAAGGCAUGGACGACAGCAAAAGACAGCAGGAGGUGGAGAAGAUCAACAGUGAAUUGCUGAAAAAGCUUCAAGACUUGGAUGCUGACCUCAGCUUCACUGCUGGCCCAGAGUUUGACCAGGAGAGGGACAUUAUAUUCGUUGGCAUGGCAACAGAAGACCUGGAUGUGUCAGAACUGGUGGAUACCAUUGCUGCGCUGGGGAGAGAUAUCGAGGAGAGCGGGAGGCUGUUGGAGAACAUGACAGAAGUAGUCCGGAAAGGUAUUCUAGAAGCUGAGCUGCAGCUACAGAAAGACAGUGAUGAGAAACUCAUGGAAGAGGGUGUAUUGAGGCAGAUUCCUUUAGUUGGAUCUGUGUUGAACUGGUUUUCUCCAGUCCAGAGCUCUGUGAAGGGGAGGACUUUUAACCUGGCUGCAGGUUCCCUAGAUUCCACAGAGCCCACCUAUGCCAUGAAAGCACAAGCUGACAGAUUGGACCCACAAGACACACCCUCAUCUGGCAAAAGACUACCAGGCCAGAAGUUGUUCCGUCGCUCGGGGGCGGGCUAUGACUCCCACAGCGAGACCAGUUCCGUGGGACAUGCUGAUGUGCCAAUUAGGGAUGGGGCUGCCACACCCACACCGGUACCCACCCCCUCCCCAACCCCCCCUCUCCCAACCCCCGAGGAGGAGGUCCUUGAAGCCCCUGGACCACCGAUGGAGACCGCCCACGGCCUCGCUGAGCCUGCGCCCACAGAGAAGGUAGCCCUGGCAGCUACCGAGGAGGACAGGCAGCCUGAGGGUCAGGAGGCAGAGGAGACCAGCAGAUAGGAAAGCUCCUGGUGGAGGGGUGUCUUGGUACAGGCUCUCAAAUUGCACCAGUACCAGGAGUUGUUUAAAAGGGCCUCAUCCUGUUUUAGAAUCUGUAAAUCUAUCCUUUCUUGCCUCGUUUUCCUUUGCAGUGCUGUUUCUCAAUAGAUGUAAAUGGGAGAGAGAAGCAUAGCUUGAUCGUGCUAUUGUCGUAUCCGUUUCUCCUUUAGCUUCCAAUCUUUUGAAAAUGUAAGGGCCGUGUGAAGGGAAGAGGUUGUAAGGAGGAAGAUUUCAGAGUAGUAGCAUUGGUCUGUGGGGUUGUAUAACACUGCAAUACAAUGACUGUAUGGUGAUGAAUAAUAAAACAUGGGUGGGGGGACGAUGGUUCUAACCACCUAGUAGGACCUGGACAUGGGAACAGCAAAUGUGGUAAACAUGAAGGAUUAGAUGAGGAUUGUAACCAUAACCUCCGUUUCUUGGUGGACAUCUUGUCCACCACCUCCGUCACCAACGUGUUAUGGUUUAGAAACGAAGCGGCUAUAAAAUAUGCAAGUAAGGUAACUUACCUAACACUGGAAAUACAUUAUUAUAAUAUAAUUCUGUAUCUACUGUAAAUACUGUACACAACUACACCGUAUAUUUUUUUUUAGAGAAGGGAUUGUAAUCAGAAUAGAAACCUAACUGGUAUUUGACUUGAAUUAGGCACAAAAAAACUCCCAGUGUGUGCACUACCCCAAAUAUCCCUUCACAUCAUAUGUAAUUAAUAUACCAACCACUGUCAAUAUUUGCACAUUAUUUUGGGCAUAGAUUAUGCUAAUUAUGUUGAUUUUAAAAAUUGGAGAAACAGUGGCCUUUUAUCCACUAGCAAAGAACUGCUUAGCAUUCACAUUGGUGAAACAUUUGUUCUUUACCAAAAAAAAAGAUAGUUCCUUCAAUGUGCUGUGUCAUUAGUUUACGAUAUGGAACAGUCGUUAUAUAACUGUCUGUUGCAAACAUUACUGAAUGAAUGCAAAACUGUUUAGCUUUAUUGCACAUGUUCUGAAGUAUAUGACUACUAAACUACCUUAUUUAAUUUUGUAUACCUUGUAUUGAUUUAAUCAAUCUUUUCGUGAUUAAUUUAUUUGUAGUGUCAUAUUACAAGUUAAAACAAAUCAUUAACUUUUAUUGCAAUAACUGCUUUGAUGAAGAUUUACAAUUACUCCUGACACGUUUAUAUCCGUCCUGCCUCCGUAAGAAACUUCUCAGUUCAUUUACUCCAUUUUCUGUGUUAUGUUCAAAAGGGAAAAGUUAUUAGUACCAAGCAGGUUUUUGACAUUUAUUUACCAUUGUCUUCUAUGAAACACUGACUUUGUCUGUAACACUGUGCCAUUGACAUGUUGUUUAUCCAAGGCAAAAGACUGGGUAUACUGUUCUCAAUGUCUUAAAUAUUAUGGUUGUGCCCUUACCUGUGUCAUUUUUUAAUCAAUUAAUUCGUUUUGUGCAUCCUAAAUUUAUUCUGUUUAAAUGUUGAAUAUCUAAUUUGUAUGUAUGGCAUAUUCUGUCAGGAAUACACUAAAUCAUAUUUUCUCACUUUAUUUAUGUUGUCAUUCAAAUGUGAUAAAUGUGCACAAAGGCUUU